AUGUCGACCGCCAAUAAUCCAACUCAUACAACUGUACCUGCGCCCUCUAGAGCCUCCUCGAUUCCUUCGAACCAUACCCAUCCGGAGUCUGCCUACACAAAUGGCAACCACCACCAUCAUCACGAUGCUGGUAACACCAACCAAUCUGCGGCGGCAAAUGCUGCGAAGAAGGGCAAGCAGAAGAAAGCGACGGACCCGAACGAAGCCUCCAAGUUGAUCGCAGCGAAGAUCUCGCAACUGGAGCUAGGAGCUGCAGAGGAUAAGGAGCAGGAAGCUGAAAUUGAGCGAGAGGUUAAGAAAGCAAACCGCGAGCUGAACAACCUUACCUCGAAGAUGGACGACUUGGGAAAGAUUGAUUAUCUACAGAAGCAGGUCACGGAGCACCUUACAAAUAUGAAAAGGUGGCAGCGCAAGAGUUCGAAGAAUCAAAAGCGCUCGGACGAUUUGCAGAAGGAGAAGGACCAGAGAACUAGCGAGCUCACCAAGCAAAGUGGUAUGCGGGAGAAAUUGGAGAAGCUUUGCAGGGAGCUACAAAAAGAGAAUAAUCGACUCAAGUCCGAGAACCGAGAUCUGAAAGAUUCUGACAAGAGUAAUCAUGAAGCGUGGGAUGAUAAAUUCCACCACCUUUUAUGGCAGCUACAGGAAUACCAAGAAGCGAAAGAUCAUCCUCAAGCUCAAGUUGUCAAUAUCGAGGUGGAAGAAUUGUUCAAACAACGUUUCAAGUCCUUAAUUGAGCAAUAUGAAUUGAGGGAACUGCAUUUUCAUUCAGUAAUGAGGUCAAAAGAACUGGAACUUCAGUAUCACAUGGCCAGGUUUGACCGCGAGAAGAAAGCUGCAGAAGCAGAAGGCACUCGGUCUAAGGCUCUGAAUGCCCAGGUUCUGACAUUCUCAAAGACCGAAUCAGAAUUGCGCCAUCAGUUGAAUAUCUAUGUGGAAAAAUUCAAGCAGGUGGAGGAUACACUCAACAAUAGCAACGACCUUUUCCUAACAUUUCGAAAAGAAAUGGAAGAUAUGUCCAAAAAGACCAAGCGGCUGGAAAAGGAGAAUGUGACUCUGACGCGGAAGCACGACCUGACGAACCAGAAUAUUCUUAAAAUGGCCGAAGAGCGUAAAGCCAACUUGGAAAAUUUGGAGCAGUUGCGAAAAAAGAACGAGAAACUUACGAGCAUUAUCAAUCAAAUGCAAAAGCAGGGGAGAGGGAUGCCCAGCGGAAUGGCAGGGAUGGCCGAAGGGACUAUAGAGGGGGAAUAUGCCGAGGGUGAUAUGGAGGGUACGGAGAGUGAGUAUGAAUAUGAAGAUGAAGAUGCUGAGGAUGGUGAUGAGGAAGGGAGUGAGGAGGGAGAGUAUGAUGAGGAUACUGAGGAAGAGCAUGUCGAAGGUCCUAAGCCCUUUGGUCCUCCUCCGCCACCUACAAUGGCUGCUGUAAACGGGGUUUCGGCCGCUGCAAAUGGUAUCAAGCAGCAUUGA